CUUUGUUUGUUCUUGCAUUUCGCCUUCUUGCCAUUGAUCGAUUAAUCUCCCCCUUCGUCUCCUCGCGCUCCCCUCCCUCCCCGUCGCUCCGCCGAUAGGAUCAUUCGACACACCCUCCCCCGAUCCUAAGGCCAACCCCGACCGACCUUCCCCCGUCGCGGCUUCCCCCCCUUUCCUAACCCUUCUACCUCCGCUUUCUCCCCCUCCGAACCCGAUCCUAAGCGACCAUGCCAUCCUUUGCCAGCGACGUCGCUUAUCAAUCGUCCACCGCGACGGCCACCCACCCUCGUUCCUUCGAGUCGCCGCAGGGCAAACCGUCCGAGAAAACCUCCGUGGGGAAUACCUUCUUGUGGACAAAUUGGCCCAAUGGCGACACCAACCAUCUCGAAGCCCCUCCAAAUGACCGCCAACUCACCAACGGCAGUGCCUACUCUCUGAAUGGACCGCGCUCGAGCGCCAGCUCGUAUACGAAGGAAUUGCCGCACUCGAAAGACGGCAGCAUGCACUCCUUAGGGAACGGAUCGGCCCGGGAACCCCGAGAAGGCGGAAGGCCUUCGACUACAUUGGAUCGCGAUCUUUCGAGGAAGUCCGUAGAGACAGGAGCUCGUGCAGGCUCUCCGACGGCGUCGAUCGCAAGCCAGCAGGUCAAUGGGACGUUCCACCCCCGGUCGCUGAACGGCAAGCCGACGAUGAAUGGCGACCACCCCCGACCAUCCGCCGACGAAAUGAUUGCUCCGGACUCGGUAGCCAAUGUUUCAGGCACGCGAUUGUCGACCUCGCAACCCGAUGACGCUGGCCGUCUUUCACCAGAUCCCGAUCGAUUGUCGCCCUCGCAGAAAAGUCCCCAUCGUUACUCCUCCCCCCCGGUACCGCCGAGCAUGGACGGUAGCGCACAAGAGCCGGCUAAUACCGGUCUCCGGCAUCGACAUACGUUGCAAGUCCCACGAGCCGCCAGCGGACGUCGGAGUAGCCGUGACAACGCGGAGGAUGCUGCUUUCAGCAGUGGUCGAUUGUCUCCCACGGCGGGAAUUCGCCGUACUUCCUUCAGCUUGGCCCGACGGGCCACCCGGACCAACCAGUCAGACGUACUUUCCGACGACGCCGCCCCAGACGAAGAUGCGGCCCGAUGGGCGGAAGCCAUCAAACAGAGGCGGGCCUCCAAGAGACGACGCCGGGACGACGAUGAUGACGAGCGCGUCAUUGUUGGAACCAAGGUUGACCAGAACCAUGUGAACUACGUUACAGCGUACAACAUGCUCACCGGAAUCCGGUUCACCGUGUCGAGGAUCAAUGCGAAGAUGGAUCGGGAAUUAACACCGGCGGAUUUUGAGGCUAAGCACAAGUUUUCCUUCGACAUAACCGGAAACGAACUGACGCCUUCCGCCAAAUACGAUUUCAAGUUCAAGGACUAUGCGCCUUGGGUUUUCCGUCACCUCCGAGCAAAAUUCCGACUGGAUCCUGCCGACUACCUGAUGUCUCUAACGAGCAAGUAUAUUCUUUCUGAACUUGGCUCGCCAGGGAAGAGUGGAAGCUUCUUCUACUUCUCUAGAGAUUACAAGUACAUCAUUAAAACAAUCCACCAUUCCGAACACAAGUUGUUGCGGAAAAUCCUCCCCGAAUACUACCGGCACGUUGAGCAAAACCCGAACACCCUGAUUUCGCAAUUUUACGGUCUCCAUCGGGUCAAGAUGGCCUAUGGUCGCAAGAUUCACUUUGUGGUUAUGAACAAUUUGUUCCCGCCUCACCGUGAUAUCCACCAGACGUUCGAUUUGAAGGGUUCAAUGAUCGGCCGUGAUCUGCGCGAAGAGGAUUUGGAGAAGAACCCGCGAGCUACCUUGAAGGACUUGAACUGGGUACGCAGAAACCGCGAGAUACAAUGUGGUCCGUCAAAGCGGGAGUUUUUUCUGGCUCAGCUGAAACGUGAUGUUGAGUUGUUGAAGAAGCUCAAGAUUAUGGAUUAUUCGCUUCUGGUGGGGAUUCAUGACGGGGCACGAGGCAAUGAGGAGAAGCUCCGGGACAAGACCUUGCAGGUGUUCCAGCCCGGGGGUGAUCGUGAGGAAGACGCCAAUCCAAACAUGCUGAUGCGCACGCCUUCUAAGUUGGAGAAUGAGCGCAAGGCCCGCGAACUUCGCAUGCUCAUCAAGCGUGAGCGUCCAGUGCCGCUCGAUAAAGCGGCCGCUAAGAUGCCCGAGGAGAUUCUCGAUGAACGGAAGUAUCAUGUCUUCUACGCCGACGAUGGUGGAUUCCGAGCCACGCAUGAAAAUGGUCAGCCUGGCGAAGAGAUCUACUAUCUCGGAAUUAUUGACUGCUUGACUCACUACGGAAUGGUGAAGAAGAUAGAACACUUCUUCAAGGGCCUGUCCCAUGAUCGAACUCAAAUCUCGCCUAUACCUCCGGAGGGCUAUGGGGAUCGAUUCAUCAACUUCAUCAAGGGGAUUACGAUGUCCAAGGAGGAGGCCGAACGACACCGUGAAGCCCGAGCACUCGGUAGGCCCUCUGUGGAGCGAUCCGAGUCUGUUGAACGGACCAUGCAAGCAGCGGAGAAGGAGGCCUCCAAGGAUGUCUCUCUAGCCCAGCCCCGGACGUUAUCGACUGUUCGAGACCCGGCUGACCCUAGCGGGGUUGUUGCGCCUUCAUUCCUGCCGAUCGUGGAUGAGGCGGGAGAGGCCAGCAGCGUCGGAGGACAUAGCCAACACAGUCGCCAUGGUCCAUCGUCGGCCCAGGAAAAAGAACUGCCUCCAGUUCCCCAAGCCAAUGGGGCGCCCUUCGCUAGAAAAGGCAAGGGAAUUGCUCGCGAUGGACAACCCGACCUGGUAUCUGUCUCCGGCAGACAAUAACCUCUACGGUGCUGAUUUUCCAUCAAUUUUCAUGAUAUCCUUGUUCGCAGCUCAUAACGCUUUGUUCCCCCUCAUACCCUGGCGCCACGGAUUCUCUACCUCUGCCCGCAGCGCACCUUCUCCGUCCAUACCUCCACUGCUCCGCAACCGUCUCUGUGAUAGUCUCA